AUGCCUCCCAGUUUAUUGAGCUUGGCCGGCGAGGGCGAUGUGCCCGGGUUAGGAAUUGGCCCGUUGGCCUUCAGGAAGGCCAAGUUCAUGGGCAACGCAGAUGCGAUCAUUGACGGCGACUAUACCAUGUCCUAUGCGGAACUAAAUGACAAGGCCCUUCAACUUGCAAGUGAUCUCUAUCGCCGAGGAAUCGAGGUUGAAGAACCAAUUGGCAUUCUCUCGCGUCCUGGCAUCAACCAUAUUACUGCUCAGCUAGCAGUAGCCUAUGUUGGAGCCAGCAGUGUUCUCCUGAAUGCAGCCCACUCCGAUACAUAUCUGGCAGAGCGACUGGCCCAAAUCAACGCGACCUGGGUCAUUGUGGAUGUGGAACACCGAGACCGGUUGGCGGACCACCAGAAGAUUGUCCACCUGCAUCAGAGUAGCACACCCGAUACGCCUGAUCAGUUGCAGGUGCCAAUCACCUCGGGUGCCCAUCAACGCUCCCAUGUCAUCUAUACCUCAGGGACGACUGGAAAGCCGAAGGCGGUCCAGAUCCUCUCUCGUGGACUGAUCAACCUGGCCACGGAUCCGGACUGCCCGAUCCUCCCCUCUUCCCGAGUUGCCCAGGCCAGCAACGUCAGUUUUGACGCCUCAGUUCUGGAGAUUUGGGCGGCACUUCUCCAGGGAGCCACCCUCGUGAUUACCAGAAAAGAACUGUUGCUCGACACCGAGAUGUUUGAAGCGCACCUCAAGAAGUACACCCCGGCAUAUCUCUACCUGAAUGCGGCCCUCAUGGCUACCGUAUCAGCCCAGAUUCCGACGAUAUUUAGUCAUGUUGGAACACUGAUGGUGGGAGGGGAGGUGGUCAGCAAGGAGGCUGUCCGGCACAUCCUACAGAACGGCCCCCCCAAACAAUUCCUGCAUGUGUACGGACCUACAGAGUCCUCUAUCUGGGUGACCAGGCACACUCUGUGCGUUGCGGAUACCUUCCUGGACUCGCUGCCGCUCGGGAAACCGCUGCACAACGUGGAGCUUCUGAUCCUGGACGACAAGGGACAUCCUGCAGGCAGAAACGCCGUCGGAGAACUGCUUGUGGGCGGAGCGGGCUUGUCGGGUGGCUAUUUCAACGACGAGAUCAACAAUACCAAGGCAUUUGUAACCCUGAAAUCUGAUACCAAUGAGCCGAAGGGCUUCUAUCGCACGGGUGAUCUGGUUCAGGCCAAGGAAGAUGGGUCUAUCUUCUUUGUGGGUCGCAAAGACCAUCAGGUGAAGAUUGCUGGCCAUCGGGUCGAGCUGGAGGUGAUUGAACAGACCCUUGUGCAAACUGGAUUCCUGCUCGAGGCAGUGGCCAUGAAAGUCCAACCUCCCAAGCUAGACCUAGGUGCUCUUCUCGUGGCAUAUGUCGUACGCAAACCCGGCGUGGUGGCAGAUAAGGACACUGUGACCCAGGCAUUCAAGUCAUUCGGGCCAGAACUGAUGGUGCCGCGCCUCGAGUUUGUCGAUACCCUUCCUCUGACCACCAACGGCAAGGUGGAUCGAACUCUUCUGACCAAGCUCUAUCUCGAACGAUUCACCGGCGCCGAGGUCGUGGAGAGUGCGGUGAUUCAACAACCGCAAACUCCCGAGGAACAGCUCGCAGGUAUCUGGGCCUCGAUCUUGGGCAUGCCUGCCAAGAACAUCAGGCCCCAGGACGACUUCUUCACUCUGGGAGGCACCUCCUUGCAGGUCGCCACCAUGAUCUCCGAUAUUCGCAGGACCUUCGGCAUCAAGAUCCCGACCACCUUCCCCUACCAGCACCCAAAGCUGGCCGACUUCACUCAACUGCUGCAGGAGGGCGGGAGCGCCAUCGCACGAGUGAAUGAAAAGGACCUCUGGGUGCGCGAUGCUGAGCUGGGAAAAGAUAUCUUCCCCCUUCCCGGCCCCGUCACCGACUGGAAAUCCGAUGGCUCUGUUUUUAUCACCGGGGCUGCCGGCUUCGUCGGCUCAGCCCUGUUGGCUGCCUUGAUCAAGAUGCCACACGUCCGCGAAGUUAUUUGCCUCGUCCGAGCUGCGGACGACGCGGCUGCCCUCAACCGUCUCGAGGCUACCUUCACCAAGUAUGGACACCUGUCGGCGAUCUCGCAUCCGAAAGUCAAGGCCCUUGCCGGCAACCUGGCCGAUGCCAACCUGGGGCUGGGAGAAGAGGGAUUUGCCUCCUUGGCCGCUCGCGCCGGUGUGAUCUUCCAUGUCGGAGCACACAUGAACUUCACGGUGCCCUAUCACACCGUUCGCCCGACGAAUGUGGGUGGUACCCUGGCCAUCUUGAGAUUGGCCACUACGACCAAGCAGAAGCAGCUCCACCACAUCUCCAGUAUUGCCGUCUACGGAUGUGCUCGAGGCUUCCUGGGCACAGCGGAGAGCUACGAGGAUGGCGACCUUGAGCGGAGUGUGUCGGCGCUCGAGUACGAUAUCGGGUACAGCCAAAGCAAAUGGGUGGCGGAGAACAUUGUCUGGAAUGCCAGUCGGAACGGGGUGCCCGUGGCCGUAUACCGGCUGGGGGCUGUCCUCUGCAAUUCCCAGAACGGAGCCACCAACCCCAAUGACUACGUGACCCGUAUCAUGAAGGGUUGCAUUCGCAUGGGCAGCUACCCCAUCCUGGAGCGACACCGAUUCGACUUCGUCUCCUUGGAGUUCAUCAUCUCUUCCAUCCUCCACAUCGCAGCCACUCCGGACAAUCUGGGUCACGGGUAUAACCUCGUGACGCCCGAUCAGGACCCGUCUGUGUCUAUCAUGGAGCUCUUUGCCACCCUCAACAGGAUCAUUCCCUUCCCUCUGAAGCCAAUGGAUUAUGAUGAGUGGACGAGCCGCUUCACUUUCGCCCGGGAUGAUCCUUUGACUCCAUUCAUGCCGCUUCUGCAGGAACAGGUGUAUGACAACCUGACCCGCUGGCAGAUCGAAAGCGACCCCACCAUGUACCGCAACGAUAACCUGAAGCGGGCUUUGAAGACCAGGCCAGAAAUUUGGGCGACGAACCCCAACCUGGUCGAAAUGAUGCGCGGCUGUCUGGACAGCUGGAUCAACUAG